UCUAUAAUCAUAGAGUUUUCUUUCCUGUCCAUUAAUAAAUCAAAACCUAUCUAAACAUUUCUGGCUAAGUAAACAUGGAGUUUACUAAAACUUCCAGCGUUGAGGAAACCGAAAACACUGAGAACAGCGGUCAUGCAAAGAACUUGCACGAAAACGUGUCCAAAUUCUAUGCUACCAUAGGAACUAUUUCGAGAAACAUUCGCAAGGACGACUGGUCAUACUUACAACGCCAUCCAGAGAUAAGAGCCAUAAUUCGAGUCAUUACAACCGAGGCGAUCAAGGCUAAGCCAUCGAAUAUUUAUGAUUUCACGGCUAAUUUAUUCACUCCCGAUAGAGACGAGGAGAUGGUAGAAAAGAUAAACACGCAACUUAAGUGGCUCAAUGAGCAGUUGAGAGGAGGUACCUGGAAUCCGGCAGAUGGAGAUAUUCCGUUUUCUGAAACUAGCGAGACGUCUUCAGAAAAUAACUGUCCUACCGAUUUAAAUACUGCUGAGAAACUAGAUGUAGCCGAAAGACUGGUGUGUCCUGAAAAUUACAAGCCUAAUUGCAAGAAAUGUUGAGGAAAACGAAGUUUUUGUUGGGAGUAUUUCAAAAUAUUUUGUGGUGUUUUGGUAGUAAAAAUGGUACACAGCUUCGAUGUCCAAAAAAUUAAAUCUUAACUAAAAAAAAGUUUCCACAUUCAAA